AUGGUUUUCUUCUAUCCAAGCACCGAAAAAUAUUUGGUUUUUGAUGAGGAUGAACUCAAACGUAUCGUUUGGUCAAUGUACGCCCUUCCUCUUAUUCCAAUGAUUAUGGGGUUCCUCGGGUUUCAAGACGUGGAUUUCAAAUUUUAUGUUGCUUCCAACAUACUGCAAAUUACAUCAGCAUUUCUCUAUAUUCCUAUUUAUUGGAAAAUUCGAAAGCAGAAGCAUUUGAUGUCAGCGAAGUUGAAUAAACCUCAGAAAUAUGUCAUGUGGCAGUUGAUUGUAACCGUAUUUUUGAAACUGGUAAGAACGUUGUUUGUACUAAACAGAGAGUGA